AUGUCGGUAACAUUAUCACGACAAGGCGAAGGAAACAAUACUACUACUACUACUAAUAAUAAUAAUCAAUUAUCUUCAUCUCAAACAAAAAAUUUGAAAUCUCCAAUAAAUCAAUUCUAUUGUAAUAUAUGUUUUUGUCCAUUAAUGAUUCUACAAAAUAUAAAUCGAGCAAGUUUUGUUACUAGUUGUGGUCAUUUUUAUUGUGAACAAUGUGGACAAUCAACAUUUCAAGGAUUGAUGCCAACAUGUAAAAUAUGUCAAUGUUCAUCAACAAAUUUAAAUUGUAUGGAUUUAAGAAAAAAACAAAAUGAUGAUGUAGAUGUGAUGAUUUCAUCGAAUAGUCGUGCUCGAAAAUGGUUUGAAGAACAAACACGACAUCGAACUUCUGAACAAAUGAUUGCAACAUUAGAUCAACGUAAUGCAUUUCUUAAUAAACAAAAUGAUUUUUGUGUUAAAACAAUUCUUCGACAAGCUGAUUCUGUUCAACAUCAAUUACCAUUUGAUAAAAUUUCUUUAUUCGGAAAUAAAAUGAUUCAAGAAACGAAACAGGCAUCAGAACUUUUAUAUAAAUUACUUAAUGGACUUAGUCAAGCAAAAAUUCGAUUGACAUCACAACAACAAUUAUUUUGCCAACAAGUUGUUGAACGAUUUAAAACAAAUCAUAAAUAA